AUGGCACAUAUUGUUGACCAAUUUCAAAAAAUCCCAACUGGAUCAGAAGCGGUUGAUAGAAAAAACACAUGGAGGACUCGAGUUGAUAAUAAUCUGGUUAUUAGUAAUAGAAGAGGAAAAAGGUCUAAUGAUGAUGAACCAACUGGAGAGGCUGAGUCAUUGUUUGGGAAAAUUACUAAAGAAAUGAUGGGAGAUCAUGCACAAAGGACUGACCCGAAAGAGAUAUUAAAGAAUUUAAAAGAGUAUAGAAAGGAUAUUGAUGAAGAACUAAAGAAACCAUACAUUCCUAAAAGAAAUAAAAAGGUUUAUGAUUUAGAUGAAAUUGGAGGGUAUGUCCCUACUACUAAGGCUACUAAAGAAGAACACGCCAAAUUAUUAUCCGUUGUUCAACACAUAUUCAGUGAUAAAUCAUUCCAAUUUAUUCGUUCAGCAACAUUAGACAUAUUAGAUAUACUUAAAAGUGAUAUUACUGCAAAUGAAAAAUAUCAGAAAUUAAAAGAAGAAAUCAGUCAAGGAAUUAAAGAAGAUGAAUUUACAGAAAUGCUUCAAAUUGCAGAUAAUAUUACUGACUAUAUCAAAACAGAUAACCCAGAGGAAGUAGAAGAUGAAAAUAAUAAUGAAGGAGAAGAUGAAGUUAUUCCAAUUUUAAAUGAUUCAGAAGAAGAGGGACUAGGAUACAGUGAUGAUGAAAUUCAAGAAGAACAAGAACAGGAUGAGGAAACAAACCUUCACAUAAACAACCCUAUGGUAAUGGAAGACGAAACAAAAAAUAAUCAAUUUGAUAAUAUAGAUGCAUUUUGGUUACAAAGGAUCAUUAAAGGAGUUGUUGAAGAUGAUAAUACUGCUCAAGAGUAUGCAAUGAAAAUUGAACAAGUUCUUGGAAAUACUUCACUUGAUGAUGGAAGUGUUGAACAUAUAAUUAUGUCGUUAUUAGGCCAACAAAAUUUUGGUAUUGUUGAUAUGUUAGCAAAAAAUAGAGAAGAAAUAAUUGGAAGAAUUGCUAUUGCCAGAGCACCCAAUGAAGAAAUUAAAGAAGCUAUUAGAGAAAAACUCCCUUCACAAAUAAAAUUUUCAAUGAGUCAAAAACAAGGAAUACAAAAAAUUGAAGAAGAGAAAAAAAUACAACGUACAAUGAGGACUUUAGAUUUGAAUGCAUUAAUAUUUGAAGGAGGAAAUCAUUUUAUUUCUAAUCAACAAGCAAUAUUCCCAGAAAACACAGUAAGAAUUGAUUUACCUGAUUAUACCCAAGUCGAUAUUCCAUUUAUCAAUCAACAACUUCCACCUACUAAUUUAAUAUCAAUUUCUAGUUUACCUGAAUGGGCUCAAAGGUCAUUAACACCAUUGAAGUAUUUAAAUAGAAUGCAAUCAACAGUCUAUCCUACAGUUUUUGAAACUGAUGAUAAUGUUUUAGUCUGUGCACCAACAGGUGCUGGUAAAACAACAGUUGCACUUUUAACUAUUCUCCAUGAAGUUAAAAAAGCAAAAGAAACUCAUGAACAAUUUAAAAUCAUUUAUAUUGCACCAAUGAAAUCAUUAGUACAAGAAAUAGUUGGAACUUUACAAGGUAAAUUAGAGAAUCUUGGAAUGAAGGUAGCUGAAAUGUCAGGAGAUUCAUCAUUAACAAAGAAAGAAUUAGAAGAAACUGAUGUUAUUGUUGCAACUCCAGAGAAGAUUGAUGUUAUUACAAGAAAAAUUGGAGGACUUGGAAGUGGGUGUGGACAUGGAAUAUUUGAAUAUUUAAAAGUAAUGAUUAUUGAUGAAGUUCAUUUAUUACAUGAUACAAGAGGACCAGUAUUGGAAGCAUUAGUGGCAAGAAUAAAAUUGUUUAUGGAGUCUAAUUCAAAAUAUAUUAGACUAGUUGGGUUAAGUGCAACAUUACCUAAUUGUGGAGAUGUAGGCAUAUUUCUUAAUUGUAAGAAAGAAAAUGUUUUUGUUUUUGGAAGUGAAUAUAGACCAGUUCCAUUACAACAAACAUUUUUUGGAGUUGCAGAUAAAAAACCAUUAAAACAAGUUCAGAUAAUGAAUAGAUUAACGUUUCAAAAGGUCAAAGAGUCAGCUGGAAAACAACAAGUAUUAAUUUUUGUACAUUCAAGAAAAGACACUCUUGAAACAGCUAAAUAUAUUAAAGAAAUGGCAUUACAAGAAAAUUGUCUUCAUAGUUUUCUUCAAAACAGAAGAGCAAGUCAAGAAGUUUUGUUAUCAGAAGCUAAGAAAUUUGAUAAUGAAGAAUUAAAGGAGUUGAUUGGAGUUGGUAUUGGUAUUCAUCAUGCUGGAAUGAAUAAAGAGGACAGAAGAUUAAUAGAAGAUUUAUAUGCUGAUAAUCAUCUCCAAGUACUUGUUUCUACUGCUACAUUAGCAUGGGGGGUUAAUUUACCAGCACACACUGUUAUUAUUAAAGGAACACAAAUAUAUUCACCACCCACAGGGCGUUGGGAAGAAUUAAGUCCUAUGGAUGUUAUGCAAAUGAUUGGAAGAGCUGGAAGACCACAAUUUGAUAAAGAAGGGACUGGCAUUAUUAUAACUACACAAAGAGAAAUGUUCUUUUAUAUGUCAUUAUUGUCUCAACAACUACCAAUUGAGUCACAAUUUAUUGGGUCAUUGGUUGAUAAUUUAAAUGCUGAAGUAGUAAUAGGAAAUAUCAAAAAUAUUGACGAUGGAAUUAAAUGGUUAACAAUGACAUAUUAUUACAUUUGUAUUUUACGUUCUCCAUUACUUUAUGGACUACAACCAAAUGACUUUACAAAUGACCCCACAUUAGAGUCUAGAAGAAGAGAUCUUAUUCAUACAGCUGCAUCAUUAUUACAUGCCAAUGGAUUAGCUAUUUAUGAUAAACGAAAAGGAACAAUUAAUGCAACUGAGUUAGGAAGAAUAUCAUCUUAUUAUUAUUUAACAACAGAAACAAUUAAGUCAAUGAAUGAAUCACUUAAGAAAGGGUCAAGUGAAAUUGAUUUAAUGAAUAUAUUUUCUAAGUCAAGUGAAUUUAAAUAUGUUUCAAUUAGAGAGACUGAAAAGAUAGAACUUGAAACUUUAUUAAAUCAAGUCCCUAUUCCUAUUAAAUCAACUAUUGAAGAUCCAUCAUGUAAAAUUAGUGUAUUAUUGCAAGUUUAUAUUGGAAGACUAACACUUCCUGGAUUUGUAUUAGCCUCUGACACUAUCUUUAUUUCACAAAAUGCUGCUCGUAUAUUUAGAGCAUUAUUUGAAUUAUUACUUAUUAAAAGAUGGGCAAGACCAGCACUUAAAGCAUUAGAGCUUUGUAAAUCUGUUACAAGAAGGUUAUUUAAUAGUCAAUGUCCACUUAGACAAAUACCAGGUGUCCCUAAUGACAUUUGUAAACGUUUAGAACGAGUUGAUUUUCCGUUUGAGAGAUUGUUCGAUCUAACUUCAGUUCAAUUAGGAGAAUUGAUUAGAUUACCAACAAAAGGAAAUGCAUUAUAUAAUAUAGUUCAUUCGUUUCCUUUAUUAAAUAUAUCAACUAUAUCUCAACCAAUUAAUAGAACUUUACUUCAAAUUAAAGUUAGUCUUGAAACAAUGUUUAAUUAUGAUUAUAGAAUUCAUGGAACAUCAUUAGGGUAUUGGAUUAUUGUAUUAGAUGGUAAUGGAGAUUACAUCUUAUACUAUCAAUACUUCAUUCUCAAACAAACCAAAUCAAAUCAAAUUCAUCACCUCAACGCUUUUGUUCCUUUAAUUGAUCCAUUACCAUUUAAUUAUUUUGUAUACUGUAUUAGUGAUUCCUAUUUAAAAUGUUCUACAUCAUCAGUAGUAUCAUUGAGACACUUAGUGUUACCAACUAAAGUUUCAUCACCAAGUGAAUUAUUAGGAAUGGCAUUAUUACCAACACAAACGUUCUACCAAUCAUUAAAUAUUAAUUAUAAAAUAUUUUCAUUUGAUUUAUUUAAUGCACUUCAAACACAAUUAUAUCAAGCUGUUGUUGAAACAAAUAAUUCGUUGUAUAUUGCAUCACAUAGUGGUUCAGGGAAAACGGUUAUUGCAGAAAUGGGGUUAUUGAAACAUAUACAAGAGCAUAAUGGAAAAGGAGCUAUUUAUGUAAUGCCUUUUGAUGAAGAACGAGAUUUGUUAUAUUUGGAAAUGAAAAAUCAAUCCAUUUCAGUCGAAAUGAUGAAAACAGAUAACAAAGAGGUUGAAGAACAAUUAAAAAAUGUACAAGUUAUUCUUGCAAGUGUUCAUAACUUAGAAAGAUACCUCAGAGAUUGGAAACAAAAUGGAAAUAUAAUUAGGUCUAUUGGAAUUAUUAUUCUUGAUGAUUUACAAAGAGUAGGAGAAGAUGUUGAAUAUGAAAUGUUAAUAUCAAGAAUUAAAACUAUCCAAAAAGAAUAUCAAAAUAACAUUAGAAUUAUUGGAUUGUCAUUACCUAUUAGUGACAGUAAAUCAAUGAGAGAGUGGUUAGGUGUUACACAAAAUAAUUGUUAUUCAUUCUCAAUGAAAUCUCGAGUUUAUCCAAUUAAUGUUCAAAUAGAAAUUAUGAAACAAACUGAAUAUUCGAUGAGACUUCAAGCAAUGAUUCAACCAACUAUUGAAUUACUUUUUAAUUAUUGGAAACAAAAUAAAAAGAGUGUUAUUACAGUUCCAAGUAAAAAAUUAUUAUUAAAUACAGUCCAACAAUUUAUUCUUUUAUUACAAAAAAAUAAAAUAAUUCAAUUUAAUAAUCAAGGAAGAGUUGAACCAAAAAGUGAAAUUGAAGAAAUAAUUAAACAAUAUAAAAUUAAAAAUGAAAUUGCCAUUCAAGGUAUUUGUAGUGGAAUUGGAAUUAUAUUUAAUGGAGAAGAUGAAGAAGAAAAAAUUGUUAUAAAAAAUUUAUUUAGAGAAGGUAUUAUUAAAACAAUAUUUUUAACUUUUAAUGAAAUUGAAUAUUUUAGAGAACAAGCAGAUGAAGGAAUUUUAAUGGGAACAAUUAAAUCAGAAUCAAAUGAAAAAGUUCUUGAAUUAGAAAUGAUUCAUAAAUUUAUUGGGUGUAUUAAAAAUGGAAGUGUUAUGAUUUAUUGUGAACCAAAUAAAAAAGAGUAUCUGAGUAAAUUUUUAGAAGAAUCUCUUCCAUUAGAAAGUAGAUUAAUUCAAAUGGGAAAUGAAAUGUAUGACAAUUUAAUUCAAUUAUUUAAUACUGAAAUUGCUAAUCAAACAAUUGUUGAUUAUCAAAGUGCUAUUAAUUUAUUAACAAGUACAUUCUUUUAUAGAAGAAUAAGAAGUAACCCAAGUUAUUAUUUUGUUGAAGGACGAGAAAUGAGUAUUAUAUCAAAUUAUUUAUCAGGUCUUGUUGAAACUGUUUUUGAUAAAUUAAAAGAAAUGAAGUUUAUUACUAUUGAUGAGCAAACACAAACUGUUCAACCAACAGAAACUGGAAUCUUAGCUGUGAAUCAAAUCAAUGACACAAUGGAAUUAGAUUGA